AUGGACUAUUGUGAAGAAACAGUAAAUGCCAUUAUCGACCUACUGGUCGAUCUAAACCACGGACACAUAAAUCCGAAACUAUUAACAUUAGAACAAUUAGACUAUGCAUCAUUUCGUUUAAAGAAGGACAAGAAGUGUUCCGCAGAAACUUUGUCUUUAGUA